AUGGAUGUAGAUUUAUUAAGACCAGGAACCGUUCCGAUUUCCCCGGAUACCAUCCUGUGGUUUGAAUUUCUACUGAAUCCUUCGUUGCUUCAAAAACAUCUGUCGAAACCUUCGCCGGAUCCACCUGCUACAGAUUUGAUUAUCAAAUUUAUGACGAUUAAUUGUGACCAGAAAGACUACGAUGUCAAACUGCAGGAUGGAGACUUGAAUGACGUGAAACCUAACGUUAUUAGCAAGUGGUCGCAUAAGGGUCUGGCAUUAAAGAUUCUUUCCUUAAAAGUGGCUGCAUACUUGAAUUGGGAUUUAGAUAUUUUGGAGAAAAGAUUGCCAUUGCAGAUGCAGUUGACACUGUUGCAGGAUCUUUUUUUUAUUACAACGGACACUAUUGUCGAAGUACCUGCUGUACCUGAGUAUUCCCUUCGUUCGGUCUCAGAUGAACUUUUAUUCACGAUUGUCCUUUAUCAUAGAUGGCAUCUGAGAGCAAUUGUACACAGGGCCUUAUAUAAUAAGCAAUCGAAGCAGCAUUUUCACCAUACCCCUGGCCUUCAAGAAUCCAUUUAUGUACCAGUUGGAUUUAUUGACGAUGUCACACGGAAAUUAGAGGCUAACGUUUCCAAUAGCAUACGAGUGCUUAAUGCAGUCUUGCAGACCACUGAUCUAAAGCCAAAGGUACUUUCAUUUGACACGUUUCAAAUGUUAACCGAGGAUAGUACAGAAGUCAAACAAAAUUGGGAGAAUAUGCAUGUAAUUACAGAGGAUGAAUUCAAGUGUCAGAUACACUACGAUCUCGGCAUGUUUUACAUUCUAAAAGAAGAGUAUCAUGUCGCAAAGCACCAUAUUUGUCAAGCCAAAGAACUGUUCUUAAAAUUGGAUCCAUCGAAAAUGUUGUACUGUAAAGUCAAGAAGGAGUAUCUGGAUGGAUGCUGCUUGGCGUGUGACGUUCCAGUGGAAGGAAUAAAACCUGGUCUUACGCAACAGUUACAUAGCGCUAUUAAGGAUCAAUAUGCAAAUAUCUUGCAAAUCCUGCAGGCAGACAACGUGACAAGAGAAAUCCCUCAAGUUUAUAGGGACAAUUUGGAAUUGGACAUACAGGGUGGCGUGGUUAAUAGGAAACUUAUUGUCGCGCGUGAUCUACUUCUUCAAAUUCAGUGCCUUAAUUUUGUACGUAAGGUGCUCGAAAACGACGUCAUUGUUGGAGAUUACAUAGCUGAAAUAAAAAUUGCUGGCACCAAAGGUUUAGAUAUACUUUUCUGGGCGUUUGGUAACGUAUUGGAGAAAGUUACAGAAGAAGACAAGACUCGGAUAUCUCGCUACCUUUUAUAUCUUGUCCUAAUGGGAGACAUCGAGGGCCUUGCAAGUAAAAUCCUGAGUGAUCCGAAGUUAGUAUCACUUUUCGACGAGGAGGAAUUGCAGGAACUUAAAAAAAAAGCUGCACCAGCCGAAUGUGACUUACCGGAGUUGUUAACAAACAACGAUUGGGGAAUUCCUCUCGUAACAUAUACUCAAAAUCCUAGGUUAGACAUCUUUCAGAUGGAGCAACGUUUGAUAUUAACAUACGAUCCUGAGAAAAUACGUGAGAUGUUAAUGUACCUUGUCAGUAAAAAUCCAACGAAACCAUUAUGGCGAGUCAACAGUUGCUGGGAAUUGCCGAUUCCUCUUCAAAGUGUUGUCGUUUCCUUACCUCAAGGAUUCCUGCAAGAUUACUCGUAUUUACUGCUCGCUAAAAGUCGAGAAUUGGUCUCAAGGAAGGAUUUUGUUGGUGCGAGAGAGAUGUUGACAGUAUUAGCAAAGGAAGUUGAGCAACACUCGCAAACUGGCAAUACCCUUUUAUUCAAAUUAGAAAAACUGGUCAAAUGGGAACUGCUACUUGUUGACAUCUGGCAUUGCCUCUACGCCUGGCCACCGAACAACAUUUGCGACACAAAAGCUCUGGUUGAACAAUGCAAACAAUGUCUCGGUGCUCUGCAAGCUACGGACCAGGUCAUACCGAGGCAAGAAAUCAUAGAGUAUUGUACAGUAUUUAUGUUAAACAUGGCCGAGUGGGAGUACUUGACAACGCUAGAAAAACGCUGGAGUUAUUCUGAAUUUAUAGCUGCGGUGAGUACAGUGUGCCAGGAUAUCGAGAAAUACAAAGGAGGAAGGAAGUUUCCGAGGGAAGCAUGGGACAUGGUUUUAGCCGUGUUCGGAACGGGCAGAGAACCACCCCAGAAACGUGGCUCGAGUUCUAGUAGUGGAAGUGGUACGAGUGCAGGAAAUUCAUCGAGGGAUGCAAUUGCAAGUGUUACUGGUUCUUUAACCAGGCUUCGUGAAUCUACUGUGCUUACAGUAGCUAUUUCAUUGCUCGAGAGAUUGCACAAUGUCUUGAGGGACGACUCUAAUUUCGAGCUUCACACGCAGUACCCAUCACUUCGACCUGCCAGUCUGCCGAAUCUGAAUUCAUAUAACGCAAGGACGAUAGGAGAAUUUCUCUUUCAACUUUUGUUGCAAGCUCUUAAGUACUAUCCCAGUAACGUCUCAUGGCUGCGGUUAAUGGGAGAUUUAAAUUUUGCUUUGGGAUAUUACGAAAGUGCCAUGAAGUAUUAUUUGGAGGCGACAAUGGUAGCCAGUGAUUUAUUCAGCCAACCGGUUCCUCGGAACCUGAUCGAUGAUCUGGUUUAUCGACGGAUGAUCAAAUGCUGUGCUCACCUGCUAUGUUAUACACAAGCUGUAGUGUUGUGUCAAUUCCUUGAAGAGGUUGAUUACUCAUUGGCUUUUAAAAUGGCAGCAGGCGAUCAGAAGAAUUGUGCUCCGGCUGAUGCAAUGGAUGCUUAUUACUAUUGCAUCUGGGACACGACGAUACUCGAGUACCUUAUCCAUCUACACACCAAACGGGGAGAACAUCAUAGAAAACAACUCGCAAUCAAAGUAAUCGGCUUGUUGGAAUUGAAUUCCAAUAAUAACGAGGAGAUACAAAGGGAGGCGGCGAAUAUCAGAAAAGCGAAGUUUUUGAGAGCACUGGCAAAGCAAUAUGUUUACUAAUUGACUUGUAAAUAUAAAAUAUAUAUUUGUACCUGAUAGAGAUAAAAUAAUACGAACACUUGUGACUGGA